AUGGAUAACGAGUUUGUAGAUAUAUCAACAAGUUUAAAACUUCAAUUGGGUUAUGGUAUUGGACAUAUAUUGAAUGAUGUGUGUGCUAGUUUGUGGUUCACUUAUUUCCUAGUUUUUUUCCACUUAGUACUUGAAUUUAGUGCUUCACAAGCUGGUAACUUAAUGCUAAUAGGACAAAUUGUUGAUGCUGUAUCUACACCUUUCAUUGGUUUUCAUUCAGACCGAACAGAUAAUUCUGUAAGUGCGAGGUAUGGGAAACGAAAGUUAUGGCAUUUAUUUGGAACUGCUUGUGUUAUGACGUCAUUUCCAUUCAUCUUCACUGUAUGUAUUGGUUGUUCUAUGGCACAUAAGUGGGCACAAAUGUUUUACUUUGCUGCCUUUAUUUUAAUAUUUCAAAUUGGUUGGGCGGCUGUUCAAAUCUCACACUUGAGUCUCAUCCCUGAAUUGGCGGAAGAUGAACACACAAGAAGCCAUUUGACAGCUGUGAGAUAUGGAUUUACAGUUUUUUCUAAUUUAUUUGUAUAUGUUAUCACAUGGAUCGUAUUACAUGUCACGGGAGAAUGCGAUAAACAACAAAUUGGACCAGGCGAUGCUUGGAAAUUCAGGCAUAUUGUUUAUGUUGUAAUGAGCGUGGGAUUAUUGGCUACCAUAUUUUUUCAUUUCUCAGUAAAAGAAAAGUAUUCGUAUAGACGACAAGACGCACUGUUUGACACUGACUAUAAUAGUGAAACAAAUCCUCAUAAUGACUUCCUCCGGAAACCGCUUUUGUAUCAGGUUGCCGGUGUAUACAUGAGCACGAGAUUAGUUGUAAAUGUGUCACAGGUACUUAUUCCUCUUUACCUUCAUCGGACUUUGGGAUUAGCGGCGCGCUCACUAGCUGUUAUACCUUUAGCAGUGUACCUUGGAAGUUUGACCGCUGCCGGAAUAUUGAGGAUCAUUCCGAGAUCAUUCACGAGGAAAUUAAACUAUCUGGUGGGGUCUGGAUGUGCUCUAGCCGGUUUCGUGUGGAUACAUAUAGGAUCGGACGAUGUUUACAAAGUGUAUUUCAUUUAUGUAGUGGCUGUGUUAAUAGGUUUCGGUGGUGCAGUAAUGUUGGUGACCAGCCUCACAAUCACUGCGGAUCUGAUCGGAGCCACCACAGAGGCGUCGGCUUUUGUAUACGGCAUUAUGAGUUUUACGGACAAGCUCGCUUGUGGUAUCGCCAUAUCUGUCAUCCAAAAUUAUGCGGAUGAGGCAGCCGAAACGACAUAUUACAAGGACGUGAUAUCGUGGGUCUGCGGUGGCGCAACACUCCUGGGCCUGACUCUAACAGUUUUAUUACCUAAAUUUGCUCCUGCCAACGAAACAAUAAUAAAUGAAACAUCAGUUAAUGCGACAACAGAACCUUCAUCAAUUCCAGAAAAUAUAUGA